GGCUUUUCCUUGAACCGCACACAGUCAUCGUCUGCAAGAACUUGCCCGCACCGAUCCACUGAUAAGAUGGCGGCCGGUUGUGUCAUCACCGAGGAGUGCGGCCUGGCAGUGUCUGCCGACCGGAUGUGGAAGGUGGCCUGCGCCGGAGACAACAAGGAGGCACUGCUCAAGGCCUGCGCGGGCUUCAUCGAGGCCGUGGACGUGGAGGGCGACGGCGGGCCUGGAAGCGUCACCACCCUGACGCUCAGCCCGGCGGCAGCGGCGAAGGCGGGCGCCUGCGUGAUGAGGACCCGCCUGGUGGCGCGCGACGGCGCCGCGCGAGUGCUCCGGACGGAGGUGCUGGAGGGCGGCAAGGUGAGCACCCAGCUCAAGUCGCAGGUGGUCGAGGCGAGGUUGGAGGCGGACGGGGAGGGUGCCUGCGUGGCCAAGCUCAGGGUGGAGUAUGAGAGGCUCCGCGGCGGGACGCUGUCGCCGGUGGACCAGGCGGCGAUCCUUACCACGGGGUACCUUGGCCUACUCAAGAAGGUCGAGGCAUACCUCGUCGCGAAUCCUGAAGAGUAGGUCUAAAAUUCAGCCAAGAGAGAUCACGGUGAUUCCACGCAGUAUUUGCUCGGUGAAUAUGGAGGCCUAAUUAGACAUGUUCGGAUCUCCACCGACCAUACAUGCUUCCGUGACCUCUUGGUGUUUGUUUUAGCAUGAUUUGUACUCCAGCUAGGGUUCUCCUUUGCCUCGCACUCUCGCAGUUAACUGUGCGAUCAUGGAUGAACUAUAUCGGAGGAAUUAGUUAAACUAGAAAUAUAUGAUUGAUCCCAA